UUCUUUCUUGUACCCCAAAAAAAUUGGAGUGAAAAAACCCUCAAAAAACCCUUGUCUUCGCAGCGGCUCGACUCACUCCCGAAAUAACACCACCAAGCUCUCCACUUCCCCUUCUACUCCCUUCUCCCCCUCCACCGUCGCCCAAGCGCUGAGAGAAACCCUCGUUCCUCUGGCCGUCCUCUCCGUCGUCCUCUCUUCUCAAUUGGGGCGCAUUCGUUCCCCGAGGGAUGGGAUCGUCCGUCAGCCACGCCGCCGCCCCUCCGCCGCCGCCGCCGGCCGGCCUAGCGGUGGCUCUUCCGCCGAAGGCGGAAGAGAAGAGCGAGAAGAAGGUCGACUAUCUGAACCUUCCCUGCCCAGUUCCCUUCGAGGAAAUCCAACGGGAAGCUUUGAUGUCUUUGAAACCGGAGCUUUUUGAAGGAUUGCGAUUUGAUUUCACAAAGGGACUCAAUCAGAAAUUUUCACUCAGUCACAGUGUGUAUAUGGGAUCCACAGAAGUUCCUUCUCCAUCUUCAGGCACUAUCAAAGUCCCUACGGCACACUAUGAGUUUGGUGCUAACUUUCUGGAUCCAAAGUUGAUGCUUAUUGGGAGGGUAUUGACUGAUGGAAGGUUGAAUGCACGAGUCAAAUGUGAUUUAACUGAUAAUUUAACGUUGAAAAUUAAUGCCCAGCUCACGAAUGAGCCACAUUUCUCUCAAGGCAUGUUUAACUUUGAUUACAAGGGCAAAGAUUUCAGGGCUCAGUAUCAAAUGGGGAAUAAUGCCUUUUAUGGGGCCAAUUAUAUCCAGAGUGUCACACCACAUUUAUCUUUGGGAAGUGAAGUUUUUUGGCUUGGUCAUCAGAGGAAGUCUGGCAUAGGUUUUGCUGCUCGAUACAACACAGACAAGAUGGUUGCAACAGCUCAAGCUGCAAGCACAGGAAUAGUUGCACUGUGCUAUGUUCAGAAAGUUUCAGAGAAGGUCUCCCUUGCCUCUGAUUUCAUGUACAAUCACAUGACAAGAGAUGUAACUUCAAGCUUUGGUUAUGAUUAUAUCCUUAGGCAGUGUCGUUUAAGGGGAAAACUCGAUUCCAAUGGAUGUGUGGCUGCUUUCCUUGAAGAGCGAUUAAAUAUGGGUGUCAAUUUUAUUCUUUCUGCAGAGAUCGAUCAUCGGAAGAAAGACUACAAAUUUGGCUUUGGAAUGACAGUUGGAGAGUAAACUUCUCCAUUACCUUUUCUUAUAGAAGAUGGGGUUACUUGUUUGCCUACUCUGGUUUCACUAUCUGGGACUUCAUUGGUUGCCCGGGCCCACAGGUCUGAACUCAGCUGGUUAAGAUCUAGGUGGCAUCCAUGUCAAAAUUGGAGGUCUAAUGAGAAAAGAGAACCUUUAUAUUUUCUCGAGUUCACAUUAUUUGUAUGCUUUUGGCGGCCAUUUGACAAUGUGGCAUUUGAAGGCCAUGAUUUGGGUUUCAAGAAAGUAAAGUUACAAAUUUAUGCUCAUUGCGGAAAUUGUUCGUGAAUAUCUUGAAAUAAUGUUUUACAGGAACAUUGGAGGUUUGUUGCACAGCUUUA